CCCAGCUGAAGCCUGGGCAGAGCGAGCUUGGCUUGGCAGAGGUGGCCUGCCAUCACUGCCCGCCUGGGUGGGAGCAUGACGGCCAGGAAUGAAAGGUGCCAGGUCCUUGGCUACCUCCUGGCCAGUGGCUGAGAAGCUGGGGUGUGAAGCAACCAUGGAGCAGCUGAGCCCAUCCGGGGGGCCUUUCUCGGCUAAAUCUGCCUCUUUCCAGGAUGCUGUGCGCACACUCAACACCCUGCAGACCAAUGCCAGCUACCUGGAGCAGGUAAAGCGCCAGCGGGGUGACCCCCAGGCACAGCUGGAAGCCAUGAAGCUGUUCUUGGCACGGAGUGGGCUGCAGGUGGAGGACUUGGACCAGCUGAACAUCAUCCACGUGACUGGGACGAAGGGGAAGGGCUCCACCUGUGCCUUCACCGAGCGGAUCCUCCGGAGCUACGGCCUGAAGACGGGGUUCUUUAGCUCUCCCCACCUGGUGCAGGUGCGCGAGCGGAUCCGCAUCAACGGGCAGCCCAUCAGCCCCGAGCACUUCACCAAGCACUUCUGGCGCCUCUACCAUCGGCUGGAGGAGACCAAGGACGGCAGCAGCUGUGUCUCCAUGCCUGCAUACUUCCGCUUCCUCACGCUCAUGGCCUUCCAUGUCUUCCUGCAAGAGAAGGUGGACCUGGCAGUGAUGGAAGUGGGUAUUGGUGGGGCUUAUGACUGCACCAACAUAGUCAGGAAGCCUGUGGUGUGUGGGGUCUCCUCUCUUGGCAUCGACCACACUAGCCUUCUGGGGGACACGAUAGAGAAGAUCGCAUGGCAGAAAGGGGGCAUCUUCAAGCGUGGCGUGCCUGCCUUCACCGUGCCCCAGCCUGAUGGGCCCCUGGCAGUGCUGAGGGAGCGUGCUGAGCAGAUCUGCUGUCCCCUCUACCUGUGUCCACCGCUGGAAGCCCUGGAGGAAGGGGGGCCGCCGUUGACCCUGGGCCUGGAGGGAGAGCACCAGCGGUCCAAUGCCACGUUGGCCUUGCAGCUGGCCCGCUGCUGGCUGCAGCGGAAGGACCGCCAAGGCAUUGGCGAGCUGAAAGUGUCCAGGCCCAGCCUCCUGUGUCAGCUGCCCCUGGCACCCGUGUUCCAGCCCACAGCCCACAUGCGGCAUGGGCUUCGGGACACGGAGUGGCCAGGCCGGACGCAGAUACUGUGCCGCGGGCCGCUCACCUGGUACCUGGAUGGCGCGCACACCUCCAGCAGCGUGCAGGCCUGCGUGCGCUGGUUCCGCCAGGCGCUGCCCCGCCACCGCAAGAGGGGGCCCGAGGUGCGUGUCCUGCUCUUCAACUCCACGGGGGACCGGGACCCGGCGGCCCUGCUGAAGCUGUUGCAGCCCUGCCAGUUUGACUAUGCUGUUUUCUGCCCGAACCUGACAGAGGUGUCAUCCGCGGGCAACGCAGACCAGCAGAACUUCAUGGUGACCCUGGACCAGGUGCUGCUCCGCUGCCUGGAACACCAGCAGCACUGGAGCCGCCUGGCUGAGGAGGCGGCCAGCCCGGACCUCUGGAGCAGCCCCCGCCCGGAGGCUGGUGGGCCGGCAUCCCUGCUGCUGGCACCCCGCCCGCCCCACACCCACGGCACCAGCUCCCUCGUCUUCAGCUGCAUCUCCCAUGCUUUGCAGUGGAUCAGCCAGGGCCGGGACCCUGUCUUUCAGACACCCAGUUCCCCAAGGGACCUUCUCGCCCACCCCGUGGCCAACAGCGGGGCCAGCGUGCUCCGAGAGGCCGCUGCCGUCCACGUGCUGGUCACAGGCAGCCUGCACCUGGUGGGCGGCGUCCUCAAGCUGCUGGAUCCCUCCCUGUCCCAGUAGCUGAGGCAGUGGCGUUGGAGGUGGGGCCUCCCACACCUGCCCUGCGUCUCUCCUCUCUGGGAACUCCCACAUCAGGUGCCUUUUGUUUUCUGCUUUCCUGAGUCUGUCUAGACUGGCCCUGGGGCCGGGGCUCGGGGCAGUGAAAUAGAUGGCUGGUGGGCGGGAGGUUGAGAUCGGACAUCCUGUCUCUGAGCUCUGAGCCUGUGGUGCUUGGCCUCUCCGUGCUCCCUCCUGAUAGCCGGGCGGAGUGGGGGGAGGGGUCUCCUGGGGUAGCAGGCCCGGCUGUCCAGCCUAGCUCCCAGCAGACUGCAUCCUGGCCAGGCCUAGGGUCCUGCCAGCUGUAGGUCGCUAGUUUCCCUCCUCUCAGUGGCCUGGAAAAGGAGAGGGCCCCUGCCUGGGGGCCCGUGGGGUCAGAGGGUGGCUGGAUUAAAAGAAAAUCUUCACUUUGA